UGGAGCCUGGCCCGGGAGACACGUCUAGCUAGCUGUUCUCCUAAUUUGGGUAGGGUCGGGCGUGGAGCUGGCAGCGGCGCGGUGUGCGCCUGCGCGGGGCGGCGAGCCAGGGCGUGUUCGCUGUUCGGUGCCGGUGUUGCCAGGACCCAGGGCAUCUCCCGCCGCUGGAGUGCGUCCUGCCGAAGCCUGUGGUUGCACACCCACCCUCAUAGGGGCUGCUCUCCGCGACCAUGUCCAAGUCUCUGAAGAAGUUGGUGGAGGAGAGCCGGGAGAAGAACCAGCCCGAAGUGGACAUGAGUGACCGGGGCAUCUCCAACAUGCUGGAUGUCAACGGCCUGUUUUCCUUACCCCAUAUCACACAACUGGUCCUCAGCCAUAACAAGCUAACAACAGUGCCACCGAACAUAGCAGAACUGAAGAAUUUGGAAGUGCUCAACUUUUUUAAUAACCAGAUCGAGGAGCUGCCUACACAGAUCAGCAGCCUUCAAAAGCUCAAACACCUGAACCUUGGCAUGAACAGGCUGAACACGUUGCCACGAGGCUUCGGCUCCCUGCCAGCUCUCGAGGUUCUGGACUUGACUUACAACAACUUGAACGAAAAUUCUCUUCCGGGAAACUUCUUCUACCUGACCACCCUGCGUGCACUCUAUCUAAGUGACAACGAUUUUGAAAUCCUGCCGCCAGACAUCGGGAAGCUCACAAAGUUGCAGAUACUCAGCCUUAGGGAUAACGACCUGAUCUCGCUGCCUAAGGAAAUCGGGGAGCUUACCCAGCUUAAAGAGCUCCACAUUCAGGGGAACCGCCUCACCGUUCUGCCCCCAGAACUAGGAAACUUGGAUUUAACUGGUCAGAAGCAGGUAUUCAAAGCCGAGAACAAUCCCUGGGUGACCCCCAUUGCCGACCAGUUCCAGCUUGGAGUGUCCCAUGUUUUUGAGUAUAUCCGUUCUGAAACAUACAAAUACCUCUACGGCAGACACAUGCAGGCCAACCCAGAGCCACCAAAGAAGAAUAAUGACAAAUCGAAAAAGAUCAGCCGGAAACCGCUGGCGGCCAAGAACAGAUAAGGAAGGGGUUGGCAUCAGGUGGCCUUCCAGCACCUUCUCUCUCCAACACUUCAUUCUCUCUUGCUCUGUCUCUCAAACGCAAUGCGUGUGUGGCCUUUUUUGUAUUUCUUUUCACUCUAAUGCUUCCCACCUUACAUUUUAGAUUCUUCUGGUAGGUGGGAGAUUGUUAUAAGGUCUUUAAACCGUUCCCAUUUGCUCCUUUUAAAUUACCAAAAGCAUAGAACAAAGCUCUUAUUCAACUGCAAAUUCCAUAGUGGGCACAGGCUUUUCUUGAAUAGACAUCACAAGGUUGGUUAUUAUCCAAAGAAUAAUUAAAGUCACGUAACCAUUUAAAUGUCACUGUUAAUACUUUUCACUCUUUCUGUUGAUUCACAUAACUCAUUAUUUUGCUUCAUUAAAACUCUUCCUUCACCAAGAUAUGUUAAUUUCACUUACAAAUGAUAUUUUAGUAAAAUCUUGCAUUUGUAUCACAUGUUACUUAUUGACCUGAAAUAAAGAACAGUCUGAUCAUGGGGUA